CUGUCUCCUAGCAACGGGGCAAGCGUUGUUAAUAUCCCCGGAGGCCUUGGUGCUGUCUUGAGCCUGAAGUCUCGCCGGCCACGCAAUGGCGGAGGUGGAGGAAACCCUGAAGAGGAUCCAGAGUCAUAAAGGGGUUAUUGGGACUAUGGUGGUAAAUGCAGAAGGCAUUCCAAUCCGUACAACCUUGGACAACUCAACCACAGUUCAAUAUGCAGGCCUUCUUCAUCAGCUCACAAUGAAAGCCAAGAGCACAGUCCGUGAUAUUGAUCCUCAGAAUGACCUCACCUUUCUUAGGAUCAGAUCAAAGAAACAUGAAAUCAUGGUAGCUCCAGAUAAGGAGUAUCUUCUGAUUGUCAUUCAGAAUCCAUGUGAGUAGACCUGCUACAGCCACGUCUGUCCUUGUGACACUGAGCUGGAAACAUUUCACUCCUUAGUGAUUCUUAAGACUGAAUUCCAAUCUAAGUCUGUGCACAUUCUUUUCUAUUUUUACAUCUAAAACUCAUCUACAUGUCCCUUUUGAUUACACUGCAAACUUGCACUUUUGCUACAUAAUAAACAAAUGCUGGCAUG